AUGCCUAUGCUUCCCGAUCCCUCACAAAAAUACCGACCCUACACUCCCUUGGUUCUCCCCAACCGUUCAUGGCCCUCAAAAACCUUCAGUGCUCCACCGAUCUGGCUGUCGACGGACUUGCGCGACGGAAAUCAGGCACUUGCCAACCCAAUGACGAUAGAACAGAAAACCCUCUUCUUCCGUGAACUCGUCAAGUGUGGAAUCAAGGAAAUUGAGGUUGCCUACCCUGCAGCUAGCGACACCGACUUUUCCUUUGUUCGGGGUCUCAUUGAGAAUAACGAAGUACCAGACGAUGUCUGGAUACAAGUCUUGACCCCGGCCAGGGAGGAUCUCAUUCGUCGCUCUAUUGAUUCAGUCGCUGGAGCGAAACGCGCCAUCAUCCACAUGUAUAACGCCACUUCUCCGACAUUCAGAAACGUCGUUUUCCGGAACUCAAAAGAACAAACAGUCGAACUGGCUGUCCGUCACACUAAAAUCGUCCGCCAAUUGACCGAGGAAUUUGCCCAAAAAUACGGCACCAAGUUCCGCUACGAGUACAGCCCGGAAACCUUUACCCAGACCGAACCCGACUUCGCCAUUGAGAUCUGUGAGGCAGUCAAGACCGCUUGGGGAAAGGCUGGAACGGGCGAUGACCGCAUUGUCUUCAAUCUACCUGCCACAGUUGAGAUUGCUCCGCCUAACCAUUAUGCGGACAUGAUCGAAAACUUCUGCAACAAAAUCACUGAGCGGGAAAAGGUCAUUGUCAGUAUCCAUCCCCACAACGACCGAGGGACGGGCACUGCAACUGCUGAACUUGGUCUGUUGGCCGGCGGCGACCGCAUCGAAGGGUGUCUAUUCGGUAAUGGCGAAAGAACUGGCAACGUGGACAUCGUCAAUCUUGCUCUCAACCUUUACACCCAGGGCAUCCAUCCCAACCUCGAUUUCAGCGACCUCCAGAGUGUCAUUGACGUUGUCACGAAAUGUAAUGACCUUCCGAUUCCUGCGCGCUAUCCCUACGCCGGUGAACUCGUGUUUACCGCGUUUUCUGGAUCCCAUCAGGACGCCAUCAAAAAAGGCUUCGAGGCGCAGAAAAUACGGCACGAGCAAGCGGCGAAGACUGGCGAGCCCCAAUACUGGGACAUACCAUACCUCCCCGUCGACCCUAAAGACCUGGGAAUGGACUACGAAGCUGUCAUUCGUGUCAAUUCUCAAUCUGGCAAGGGCGGUAUCGCUUACCUCAUCAAACAACAUUUGCUUUUGGAUCUACCUCGCAAGCUGCAAAUUGCGUUCUACCAUGUUGUCCAGGAAAUCUCAGACCGCGAGGCGCGCGAAAUGACCGUCGACGAUAUUACCACUGCUUUCCGAGAGACAUAUCAUUACGGGGGAACGAAGUACAAGGGCCGUUUGUCGCUGCGCAACUUCAAAAUCUCCAGCGAGCCGGUCGCGGACCCGUCAGACCUCUCUGGGGACGAUGACGAGCGGAGGAGGUUUGAUGGCACGAUUUCUGUCGAUGGUGUCUUGCGCGUCAUUCGGGGCGACGGAAACGGACCCCUGUCGGCACUGUUGGAUGCCCUAAAGACACAUCUUGACAUCGACCUGACUCUUCGCGAGUAUAGCGAGCACAUCAUCAACGAGGAAGACGGGCAAAAUGCUAAGGCUGCUACCUACGUUGAGCUUGUCCCGGGCGGCAACCGCAAAUCAGCCGAAUCCUGGUGGGGUGUCGGCGCGGACUCAGACAUCGCGGGCUCUGGAUUGCGUGCUGUCCUGAGCGCAGUCAAUAACUAUAUCGGUGCCCGUGCCCUGCCCGAGCUGAAGUUGACCGUUGGGUUCAACGCCAAAUCGGGACAAGCCGAUGUUGCGAGUGUGAUCGUAAACGUGCUUGGCCUGGAGCUCCCUCGACGGUUCCAAGCGGCAUUCUUCGAGGUUGUCCAGCGCUCGGCGCGAGAUGCGGGCGGAGAAAUAUCUGUUGGCACAUUGACAGACUUGUUCCGGAACACAUAUUCAUUCGACCUUGGUGAUUCCGCCCAACCCGCCAUCGCUUUGCCAUCGUUCAAGAUGGAGCAUGUUGGCGACGGAGCCGGUCGCCUGAUCACUGGCGAGGUGUCGUUCCACGGCCAAGUGCGACCCAUUCGUGGGCAGGGUAACGGACCUCUGUCAGCCAUGGUUGCGGCACUACACACUCAUAUCGAGGGCACUCUGACCUUGCGAGAGUACUCUGAACACUCGUUGGGAGAGGGCGCAGACGUCGUCGCUGCUUCGUAUGUCGAGCUCGUUUACGAGGAAGCCGGAAAGAAGAAGCGCAGCGCUUGGGGCGUUGCUGCGGACGCCGAUAUCACCGGCUCCGGUCUCAGAGCAGUCUUGUCUGCUGCGAGUGGUCUGCAGGUUGUAGUGAAAAAUGUGUGA